CUCCCAGGCCUUCGGGAGCCGCUUCGGGAAGCGCAGAGGCUUGUGGGGGGCGGGCACACAAAAUGGAGGCGAACGGCAGCGGGAGCAGCAGCGACUCGGCUCCCGACUGCUGGGACCAGGCGGACAUCGAGCCGGGCAGCGGCCCUGCCGGCUCCUCGGGCUCUUCUUCCGUCGCCGCCGCCGCCGCCGCCGCCGAGGACGCGCCGAGCCCGGCCCAGCUCGACGCCGACGAGCAGCUGCUGGGCGCGGCCUUCAGCCGGCACCUCAACGUCAACGCCAAGCCCUUCGUGCCCAAUGUCCACGCCGCCGAGUUCGUGCCGGCCUUCCUGAGGGGGAGCCCCGCAGGGCCGGCUUCCGCGCCGGGCCUGCCUCCGCCGCCUUCGCCGCCGCCGGGCCUACCGCCCCCGACGCUGCCUCACGGGGCAUCCGCAGAACCUUCGCAAGAGGAACAUCCGUCAUCUUGUGAAGGGUCAAAUGCUGCAGUCAGUAUGGAAAUCUCGGAACCAGUUGUAGAAAACGGAGAAACAGAAAUGUCCCCUGAAGAAUCGUGGGACCACAAAGAAGAAGCCAUUGAAACUGAAUUAGCAAGUGGACCUUCUGGAGAUGCAGGACCUAUUGAAGAGGGUACCCAGGAAAUGAUGGAGGAAGAAGAAGAGAUACCAAAACCUAAAUCCAUGGUAGCACCCCCAGGUGCUCCCAAAAAAGAACAUGUUAACGUAGUAUUCAUUGGGCAUGUAGAUGCUGGAAAAUCAACAAUUGGAGGUCAAAUAAUGUACUUGACAGGCAUGGUUGAUAAACGAACACUUGAAAAAUAUGAACGGGAAGCUAAAGAAAAGAACAGAGAAACCUGGUACCUCUCCUGGGCCUUAGACACGAACCAGGAAGAACGGGACAAAGGUAAAACCGUGGAAGUGGGCCGUGCUUAUUUUGAAACGGAGAAGAAACACUUCACAAUUUUAGAUGCUCCAGGGCAUAAGAGCUUUGUCCCAAAUAUGAUCGGUGGUGCCUCUCAAGCUGACCUAGCUGUCUUGGUUAUCUCUGCAAGGAAAGGCGAAUUUGAAACUGGUUUUGAGAAAGGCGGGCAAACAAGAGAGCAUGCCAUGUUAGCGAAAACUGCAGGUGUAAAACAUUUAAUAGUUCUUAUUAAUAAAAUGGAUGAUCCAACUGUGAACUGGAGCACUGAAAGGUAUGAAGAAUGUAAAGAGAAACUGGUGCCAUUCUUGAAGAAAGUUGGCUUCAAUCCCAAAAAAGAUAUUCACUUCAUGCCCUGCUCGGGACUGACUGGAGCGAACCUCAAGGAGCAGUCGGACUUCUGUCCUUGGUAUAUUGGGCUCCCAUUUAUUCCAUAUCUGGAUAACUUGCCAAACUUCAACAGAUCUGUUGAUGGACCAAUCAGGCUGCCAAUUGUCGAUAAAUAUAAGGAUAUGGGCACGGUGGUUCUGGGAAAGCUGGAAUCGGGCUCUAUUUGCAAAGGACAGCAGCUUGUGAUGAUGCCAAACAAGCACAACGUGGAAGUCCUUGGAAUCCUUUCUGAUGAUGUAGAAACUGAAUCCGUAGCUCCAGGUGAAAAUCUGAAGAUCCGGCUGAAAGGGAUUGAAGAAGAGGAGAUCCUUCCAGGGUUUAUACUCUGUGAUCUUAAUAAUCUGUGUCAUUCAGGACGCACUUUUGAUGCUCAGAUAGUGAUAAUUGAGCACAAAUCCAUCAUCUGCCCUGGUUACAAUGCGGUGCUGCAUAUUCAUACCUGUAUUGAAGAAGUUGAGAUCACAGCCUUAAUCUGUCUGGUAGACAAAAAAUCAGGAGAGAAAAGCAGAACACGGCCCCGUUUCGUCAAACAAGAUCAAGUGUGCAUUGCCCGUUUAAGGACAGCAGGAACCAUCUGCCUUGAGACGUUCAAAGACUUCCCUCAAAUGGGCCGUUUCACCUUAAGAGAUGAGGGUAAGACCAUUGCAAUUGGAAAAGUUCUGAAAUUGGUUCCAGAGAAGGACUAAGCGUUUUUGACAAGCCUGCAGAAAUACUGUGAGGAUUAAAAAAAAAAAAAGGACUCUGCAAAAGCCUACUUCACAACGCCUUCUUAUUUUCUUCCCAUUGAUAACCUUCUCCCUAUAUUUUACAAAGACGAAAUUUCACAGCAAAGGUCCACAUUCUGUCAGCUUUCUCAUAUUGAGAGCUCUGCUAUGCCACCGUUGAAUUCCCCCCUCCCCAAGUUUUUUUUUUCCCUUCCUCCUAAAUUCUGCUUCCUUGGAAAGAUUUGGCAAUAGCUUUGUAAGUGAUGUGGACACAAUUGCCUAGAAUUAUGAAAAAUCUAUAGGAUUUAUGUUUAAUUCCCCCCUCCCAGCGUAUUGAAACAUUUUUCAAGGCAGAUCAUUCGGCGUGUGCGAGCGAGCGUGCACAUGUUACAAAGACAAUUACCAUGUUAAUAAACUAUUCAAUUUGAAAUCUUUUUUUUGGGUAUCUUAAUUGCUUUUGAAUAAUGUUUUUAUCCAGAUAGAACACCUGUUGCAUUAGCUUUUAACUUGCCGAGUAAACUGAAUAUCCGAUUACUUAGGCUGUUCUAAAACCAAACUCUUUCCUUUGCCAACUCCUCAACCAAGUUUUAAAUGAAGCAGUUAGACAAUUGACAAAAAAACUGUACUAAGGAAACUUUCUUUUGCCCUUUCCUUAUGGUGGUUUUAAAAAAGAAAUCUUAAAUAUGUUCAUGCAAGUAUGGUACUAUUUAAUUAGUGUUGCAUAUGCCUAAACAAUUAAGUUAACUUUGCUUAUAUAUAUGAAAAGUUAUCUUAACAUAAUUGUUUAGGCACGGGGAUGAUCUAGAUCUUCCUGUCUUGGAGUACGUCAUCAAAUUCUUCCUGGCAGAAAAUGCUAACCAAUAAAAUUAGUAGACUGUUACAUGACAACUCUGGCAAUAACGCUGGUACACAAUGUUCAGUCUGAAAACUGAGCUUAAGUAUCAGUUUAUGAUAACGUUACUCGGUUCAUUCUGUCUUUAACUUGGAAGACUGGGGAAUCUUUUUGGAGGGGGGUGGGCGGCCAGGGACUUGAACUGAGCCAAAUCGGCUGCAGUUGUGGGGUGGGCUAUUCCCUCUUCGACUGCCAAUAGCCGGAUGGUGGCCCAAUCAGUGAGUACCACUUAUUUAAUCCUAAAGGUUUGCUGGUUAAAACUGAGAAUAGAAUCAAGCACAGUCUCUGUACAUUUCUGCAUAUCAAAGCAAUUUGAACUAGAGGAAAACAGAAGUGAAUAAUAGGACUUCUGGCUGGCAGUUCGAAGGAGCCGGGUAGUCAACGUACACUUGGCUAUAGGCUGAAGUGUGAGGUUUCUACGAUUGCUAUAAAAAGGAAGGGGAAAGCAGAAAGCAGGAUGCAGCGAUACUCCAGAGUGUAUUGGCCAUCUUCAUUAUCAGGUUUAGGGAGAUGGCGGGUUUCAGAGAUUGUUCAAAACACUUCUAUUGAAUCCGUUGCAAUUGUAUGUUGAUCGAGUAAUGUGCCCUUUUCCUCCAAGUCUACAGUCGUGUGACUGUCUCAUCUCACACCCUUCUAAAUUUAAAACGUUUGGCCCAUUUCCUUUUUUGUUUUGUUUUGUUUCUUUGUAAUUGUGGAAUUCCCAUCCAUGUCAUGUUAAGGCUACAUUGUAUGGACGAGGCAAAGUUUAUUGUCCUUCAGUUUCAUAUGACUACACUUGUAGCUACCGUAAUGCAUGAAAAUUUAAAUAAAUUUUAUUAUUAUGUCUGCAAA